AACAGCCAACGUGCUUGCAUCACCUUCCUCCAAUCGCAAGACUCCAAUACAGCAUAUUAACUAGUCCAUGACGACGGUUUGGACUAGGACUUACUCAAGAAACGGAAUAUUCACUUGGUCAACCUGAGAAAAAGACGCGAGGAGGGGAUCACCCAGAGAGAAGUUGGACGCGGAGACCUGCUGAACAAGUCAGUCACACUAACGCACCACGAAAAUGGAAGAAGCUGAAAAAUACCUCACUCUGGCGCGAGAGAUUCUUGAAGAGGCGGAUGAAGAUGAUGACAUGGCUAUGAUUUUGAACAACCUUGGUGUCAGGCUUGGCCAACGAUACACGCUCACAGGAUCGUUGGAGAAUCUGGAUGAGGCUAUUUCAGUAACUCGAAAAGCUGUUGAAGCCGCUGAAGGAGACAGUCAAGAUGAAGCCUCAUAUUCAACCAAUCUCAGCACUUGGCUUGGUGAAAGGCACAACCAAACAGGAUCAAUUCCCGACUUGGACGAAGCUAUCAAAGUGGCCCGAGAGGCCAUCGAGCUUGCUUCAGAGGAUCACCCAGACCUUGCGCAACUAUCGGGGAAUCUGAGCGCUCAAAUAACUCGUCGAUACAAACGCUUCAAUUUCAUGGAGGAUCUAGAAGAGUCAAUUAGACUUACCCGACAUGCCCUCCAAAUCACGCCAUGUGGCAAUGUAAAUCGGACCAAGUGGUUGAGCAAUCUUGGCGCCCAACUCAACGGCAGAUACGGACGAACUGGAUCAUUAACAGAUCUAGAGGAGGCCAUAACAACAACACGUGAAGCUGUCGAAGAAACAGCAGAGGAUGACCCGCUCUGGCCAAUGUGGUUAGGCAACCUGAGCGUCCUACUUGGCGACAGAUACAUACGAACUGGAUCAAUGUCAGAUCUAGAGGAAGCCCUCAAAGUAAGCCAAUUGGCCGUCGACGCUACUCCAGAGGGCCAUAUUGAGCGGCCUUUACGUCUACAUAGCCUCAGUACUCUUUUCAACAACAGAUUCUCACGCACCGGUGCGAUAUCAGACCUUGAUGAAGCAAUUCGACUGUGCAGGGAAAUCUUUCGUAUUACUCCAGGGGAUAGUCCAAAUAUGGCAGGAAGGCUGAGCUUUCUUGGAAUUCAGCUGGGAGACAGAUAUUCCACCACCGGAAAUAUGGAGGAUCUUGAUGAGGCCAUCCGUAUUUCUCAGGAUGCUGCCAAGGCCUGUGGAGCGGAUGAACCCGACCGAUGUCCAAUCUUGAACAACCUGGGAAUUCUUCUCGGUUGCAAGUUUCAGCACAAUGGGGAGAUGGCGCUGCUAGACGAGUCUAUCAAGGUGGCACAGGAAGCCGUUGAUGGCACACCAAAGGACUACCCAGAUUGGUCCAGAUGGUCAAAUAACCUCGCGCUUCGACUUGGCGACAAGUUCUCGCGUACGGGAUCAAUAUUGGACUUGGAAAGAGCAAUCGGAAUUGCCCGGGAGGUUGCUGAGAUUAUCCCAAAGGAUCACUCUGAUCGACCUCUACGCUUGAGCAAUCUUGCGCACUUUAUCGGUUUGAGAUAUACAUACAGCGGAGCUGCGACAGAUCUCGAAGAAGCUAUUCGCUUCGGUCGAGAGGCGGUCCAAACUACUCCGGAAGAUCAGCCGAGUCGGGUUGUUUGGGUAAAUAAUCUUAGCAAUCGGCUCGACGAGAGAUUCCAACUCUCUGGGGCGAUCGAGGAUCUGAACGAAGCUAUCAGCCUCACUAAGCAAUCUGUCGAGGCCACGCCAGGGUUCCAUCCAGAGCGACCCAAAUGGCUAAGCAACCUUUGCUUCCGACUCGGAGAGAGACACCUACGCACAAAGUCUCUUGCAGACUUGGACGAAGCUAUUAAAGUGGGCAAGGAGGCCGUGGAUGCUACUCCAAUUGGCCAUCAAGAUCGAUCCAUGCGACUAAGCAAUCUCAGUGCUCAACUGAGUAACCGGUACAUCUUCGUUGGGGACAUGAACAACCUGACGGAGGCAAUCAACCAGGCCCGUGAGGCUGUCAGAGUAACCCCGAAGGAUCAUUUCUUUCGAGCUACCUUGUUGAGUAAUCUUGGAAUCUAUCUUGCCGACAUGUAUAAUAGUACUGGGCUAUUGCAACCCCUAGAGGAGGCUGUUGAAGUGUCUAGAGAGGCUGUUCAGCUCACACCAGAAACCCAUCCUGACCGGGCAAAAUGGGUAUACAACCUUAGACUUCGUCUUCGAGCUCAACAUUCACAAACUAGACGCGCAGAAGACCUCGAAGAAUUCAAACAAUGUUUCGAGAGCGUACUGGGCUACACACAGGCACCCAUCAGGACUCGUGCAAUGGCUGGCCGAAAACUCCUUCUAGCCAUGGACAUUCAGCACGAAAGUGAACGGGCAUACGAUAUAGCCAACACUACCAUUCAGCUGGUUCCAUUGUUAACUCCUCCUUCGAUCCAAAAUAAAGACAAGCAGUAUCUUCUCUCGGAGGUAGUCGGGAUUACAUCAGACGCAGCAGCCAUUGCGUUGCAUGCCGGGAAAGGGCCAGCAUCUGCCAUCGAAUUGCUCGAGACCGGCCGAGGUGUUCUAGCCAGCUCUCUUCGAAACAUGCGCGCUGAUAUUUCUGGAUUGGAAAAGGAGCAUCCAGAAUUGGCGCAGACAUUCGUUGAACUACGAGAUGAACUUGAUCUCCAAACGACACAGAGCAGUGAUACCACCCUUGAGGACAAUACUGCCUUUUUUCAAGCCAAAGCCGAUGCACGUCACAAUGCUGGGACUCAAAUGCCAGUAUUGCUGGAUGAGAUUCGCAGCAAGCCCGGCUUCGAGCGAUUUCUUCUUUCUGCAUCAGAAGCAGAGCUGCGAGACGCCGCGACUGAUGGGCCAAUCGUUCUGCUCAACGUGAGCCCACACCGGUGCGACGCCUUGAUUGUUGAGAAGUCUGCUAUUAGAGUGUUGAAAUUGCCUCAUCUGUCUCAAAGCGAUAUCCGAAACAGAGCUGAGGACACUCAAAAUCCUGAGCUGCUUGGGUGGCUCUGGGAUAUGAUUGUUGGCCCUGUGCUGAACGAUCUGGGGUUCAGAGAGCCUCCAUCAGGAACAUCCUGGCCACACGUUUGGUGGAUUCCCACAGGGCCAUUGGUCAGCCUUCCAAUUCAUGCAGCUGGGCACCAUCUUGAGUUCAAGUCAGAAACAGCCGUUGACAGAGUCAUCUCGUCCUACAGCUCGUCGAUAAAGACAAUCAUGCAUUCUCGACAACGUCGCCAGCAAACCGGGUCAGGUGAACCCAUGAAGGCUGUGUUUGUAGACAUGCCUGUUACACCUGGACACAAACCACUCCACUACGCGACUAGGGAAACCCAAGUGGUGCGUGCUAGUUGUCAGUCAAUGGAUCUUGAGUACAUCCAACCGCAGCCAUUCAAAGACGAAGUGUCAUCAGCUUUAGAAGAAUGUACCAUUUUCCACUUUGCGGGACAUGGAAAAACAGACAAAGAAAACCCUCUACAGAGCCAGCUGCUGCUCAAAGAUUGGAGAGAGCACCCGCUCACUGUUGGGAGCCUAUUGGAGGCCGACCUCGGUUCGAGUGCUCCGUUCCUCGCCUACCUCUCGGCUUGCGGUACGGGGCAGAUUCUCGAUGAGGCAUCCAUUGACGAGAGCAUACACCUGAUCAGCGCGUUCCAGCUCGCUGGCUUUCGGCAUGUUAUCGGCACGCUCUGGGAGGUGGACGAUGAGCUGUGCGUUCGCAUGGCGAGACUAACGUACGAGUUUUUGCAAAAGAACGGAAUAAGUGACAGCAACAUAAGUUAUGGGCUCCACCAUGCCACAAGAUUUCUUCGUGAUGACUGGGCUAGUCGAGAAGAAACCGAAAGGAAGGUUGCUCAACACUCAAGAGCUGUAAGGGAUGCCUGUAUAGAGGAAGAGGAUAAGACUGCGCGGCCACUUUGGGUUCCCUAUGUUCACUAUGGAGCUUAGUACUGUAUAUAAUUUUUAUCGGU